UUUGUAGGUAGUCGUUUGUUGUAGUAAAAAUUUUAGGAAUUUCCUCGUUUUCAAAUUGAAUUGAGUUUAUUUAUUGAAAAAGUUGUAUGUUUUAAUUUGAAAAUGUCUAAACGGAGGAUUGAAGUAAUGGACCCUUUUAUUAAAAAGAAACGCGAGGAAAAAGCAGCGGCUGCUGCUAAAUCCGGCGCCAGUGGAGAAGGGUCCUCAGACACCGUGGCUAACCUAGGAACAGCUCUAUCUAGCACCUCAAGCGCGCCUGGGAUUAAUUCAUAUACUGGUCUACCACACUCCCCACGCUACCAUGAACUAUUGCAAAAACGACUGGGUCUCCCUGUAUGGGAGUACAAAAAUGAUUUCAUGCGUCUUCUUAAUACACAUCAAUGUGUUGUGCUUGUUGGAGAAACAGGAUCUGGUAAAACUACACAAAUUCCUCAGUGGUGUGUGGAAUUUGCUUGUGUUACUGCAAGUAAGUCCAAAGGUGUUGCCUGUACUCAGCCAAGAAGAGUAGCAGCCAUGUCGGUGGCUCAAAGAGUGGCUGAAGAAAUGGAUGUAGCAUUAGGACAGCAAGUUGGUUACAGUAUCCGUUUUGAAGACUGUUCAGGACCACAGACAGUAUUAAAAUACAUGACAGAUGGUAUGUUGCUUCGUGAGGCAAUGUCGGACCCAAUGCUGGAUCAAUACAGAGUAAUUUUACUUGACGAAGCUCAUGAAAGAACAUUAGCAACAGAUAUUCUAAUGGGUGUCUUGAAAGAGGUUAUAAAACAGAGACCAGACUUGAAACUAGUUAUUAUGUCUGCUACGCUAGAUGCUGGCAAAUUUCAACAGUACUUUGAUAAUGCACCACUAAUGAAUGUACCGGGACGAACACAUCCUGUAGAAAUCUUCUAUACACCUCAGCCUGAACGCGACUACUUACAGGCGGCCAUACGUACUGUGAUACAAAUACACUUAUGUGAAGAAGUUGCAGGUGAUAUUCUCCUGUUUUUGACUGGUCAAGAAGAAAUUGAGGAUGCUUGUAAGAGGAUCAAACGGGAGGUUGACAACUUGGGUCCAGAUGCAGGUGAACUAAAGUGCAUUCCAUUAUAUUCCACUCUGCCCCCAAAUCUCCAACAGAGAAUUUUCGAGCCAGCACCCCCAAACCGUCCCAACGGUGCUAUUGGAAGGAAAGUAGUUGUAUCUACAAACAUAGCUGAAACCUCUUUAACGAUAGAUGGUGUAGUGUUUGUGAUAGAUCCUGGUUUUGCUAAGCAGAAAGUGUAUAACCCAAGGGUCCGUGUAGAGUCUUUACUGGUGUCACCAAUCAGUAAGGCUUCUGCCCAGCAGCGCGCCGGUCGUGCCGGUAGAACUCGUCCCGGAAAGUGCUUCAGGUUGUACACAGAGACAGCCUAUAAGAACGAAAUGCAGGACAACACAUACCCAGAGAUUUUGAGAUCAAACUUAGGGUCUGUAGUUUUGCAGUUGAAAAAGUUGGGGAUUGAUGACCUCGUGCACUUUGACUUCAUGGACCCACCAGCCCCCGAGACGCUUAUGAGGGCCUUGGAGCUGCUUAACUAUCUUGCUGCCCUGGAUGAUGACGGAAACCUAACAGAUUUGGGUGCGGUGAUGGCAGAGUUUCCUUUAGACCCGCAGUUGGCGAAGAUGUUGAUUGCUAGCUGCAACCACAAUUGCUCCAAUGAGAUUUUGUCUAUCACAGCUAUGUUGUCAGUGCCCCAGUGCUUUGUUCGACCAAAUGAGGCGAGGAAAGCCGCAGACGAGGCCAAGAUGCGUUUCGCUCACAUUGAUGGAGACCACCUCACGUUGCUCAAUGUUUAUCAUGCAUUUAAACAGAACAUGGAGGACCCUCACUGGUGCUACGACAACUUCAUCAACUACAGAUCACUCAAGUCUGGAGACAAUGUUAGACAACAGUUAAGCAGAAUUAUGGAUAGAUUUAAUUUGAAGAGGACAAGUACGGAGUUCGCGAGUAAAGAUUACUACAUUAAUAUAAGGAAAGCACUUGUCAAUGGAUUCUUUAUGCAGGUAGCUCACCUGGAGCGGAGCGGCCAUUACCUAACAGUGAAGGACAAUCAGAUUGUCCAGCUCCAUCCCUCGACCUGCUUGGACCACAAACCGGACUGGGUUAUUUAUAAUGAAUUCGUGUUGACGACCAAGAAUUACAUACGCACCGUUACUGAUAUUAAACCUGAAUGGCUUCUACGCAUUGCCCCACAGUACUACGAACUAAAUAACUUCCCAGUGUGCGAGGCGAGACGGCAGCUGGAGCUCCUGCAGGAGCGUCUCGACUCCAAGUCCUACCAGGAGGGCUUCUAAAUUCGCGCGGGCCCCAAUCGGGGCCUCCGAGUAGUGGGUUCCAUUAAAAACUAAGUGAAUGCGUGAUUUUUGUAUGUGCUAAGUUGUUAUGUACUGGCACCUCCUGAAGACACCAAGACAGCUCGUCAUAUUCAUCCAGGGUCCCAUGUGGCCAGUUCAGGAUAAUCAUAAUUUUUAUAACGAUUAAACAUACUUACUGAAAUCUUUUAAGAAUUCUAAACCUCCCUUUAUUGGAAAAAUUAAUAGGCCGGCGACGCACUUUUUUAUAGGGGGCUAACCUGAUUAGUGGUACCGACUCGCAUUGCAAGAGGGAUCGCAAGUGCGUUGCCGGCCUUUUAAGUAUUGAUGCGUACUGAAAAAGUAAUAGGCCGGCAACGCACUUUUUAUAGGGGCUACGUGGCUAACCUGAUUAGUCGUACCGACUCACACUGCAAGAGGGCUCGCGAGUGCGUUGCCGGGUUUUUAAGUAUUUAUGCGCUCUAAUUUUUAUGAAGGUUAAACAAUACUUACUGAAAUCUUAAGAAUUCUAAACCUCUUAAUUGGAAAAUUUAAAAGGCCGGCGACGCACUUUUGACCCACUACGGACUGGCAUUGCUGGAGGGAUCGCAGGUGCGUUGCCGGCCUUUUAAAUAUUGAAGCGCUAAUGACGUAAGUCACACUUGCGAGCCCUCUGGCAUUGUGUCUAUGGGCGGUAUCACUUAACAUUAGAUGAGCCUACGGCCCUGCGAAAGUAAUCUUCGAAGUACUUCCAAUCGGGGCCCCAGUACCGAGGCCCCCAGCCGGCUGGAAAAUAUAUGUUUUUUGUGCUGAGAUAUUUUGUAUGUAUAGAGGUUUUACAAUUGUAGGCUCAUCUUCCACUUUGUAAUUAAUUUGAUAGUCGAGUAGAUUUUCACAUUAUCUGAAAUGCUGGGGCCCCAUUCAUAGCAUUUUUUUGCUAAUUGGGCGAUGUUACAAAAGUAUCCUAAUUAUACUUUAGUACAA